AAUAAUAACUAACGAGAAAUUACUUAUUGGGUCUGGCGAGACAGAUAAACCAUCUUUAGAAAAUUUUCAGAGAAUCACAGAAAUACAGAUCAGAUUUUAAUAGUGAUUAUAAUUGUAUACUUGAAACUCGUAAUCAAGGAUUCAAUCGAGUAAAUUAUGUCGGGAAGCGUCAGCGUUUGUGAGAUCGACCCAGAACUGAAGGAAAAGCUAAGAGCUUUUCGUUUUCGCAAGGGAAACACCUCAGCAGCAAUAAUAAUGAAAGUUCAACCUGAAAAUCUCCUUGUAAUACUUGAUGAAGAACAUGAGGAUAUUAGUGUAGAUAAUCUUAGAGAAGAACUUCCAGAGCAUCUCCCACGCUAUGUAGCAUUUAGCUAUGUUCUUAAUCAUGAUGAUGGAAGAGUGUCAUAUCCAUUAUGCUUUGUUUUUAUAUCUCCAUCAGGUACCAAGCCAGAGUUGCAGAUGAUGUAUGCAGGAUCCAAACAGGAGGUUGUGAAGGAACUAGGAUUUACUAAGGUUUUUGAGCUUCGAAGUGUGGAGGAAUUCACUGAGGAGUGGCUGAAAACUAAGCUAGCUUUUUUUCGUUGAAUUCUUCAUAAUUCACACAUUUAUGCUUAAUUUUUUUUGUAGUUCAGAUUUUUCUUACAUUCUUUAAUCAAUUCUUGCAAGUCAUGUUUAUCAAUGUCACUUGAAAAACCAGUAAAGAAAAAUUACUGGCAUGCUUUAUAUGUGGAAGAAAUGGUUCAUGCUUAGCAUACGUCCAUCAAGUUAUUAAUGUCCAUAGGUUGGUAAGCAUGAAAGAAGCAUACGAGUUAAAGUUGAAUGAGACAUAGUCAAGUUCAUCCAUAACUGAAUGGAUGCUACCAGUCUGAAACUGAAAAAAAAUCUUUUUCAUGUAACAAAAUCUUCAGUACAUUAGCAUGCGGUAUGUAGAGUUUUCCCUUUCAUUGAUAUUAUUUUUGAAGUUGAAAAAAAAAUCACCUAAAAUAUGAUCACUAAAUGAGAGUUUGUUAUUUCACUUUUGAAAAGAAAUUAUGCUAUCAAAAAAAGUAAAUAAACCAUUAAAUAAACACUCAUCUAAAAUACACAUUUUAUUUCAUUCUAUAAUUCAAUUUUGCCAUAAAAGGUUCUUACAUUACAGUGCUUCUCAAUAGCCAAGUUGGAUUUUUCUCGGAAGAAAGAAUGCUUUGGUGGAUGUCAAUCAAGUCAUUCUGUAGGCAAGUGCUCUCGGAAACUUGUGUUUUGUGACAAAGUCAUGAAAACACUUUGAUCGACAACAACACAACCCUUAAUAGUAUUGACGGCAAAUUGUAUGGUUUCGUGUAUGCUAUUGAAAAGAGCUGCAAAGUACACCUGCGCACUUUACAUGCUCUUCUAGUCAAACAAAUAUGUCUAAUCUAUGUUUCAAAAAAAAAAAAAA